CGGCCCGGCUCCGCGCCGCCGUCCCUCGCCUCCUCGCCUCCUCGCCUCCUUGCGGCGCGAUGGCCUCGCUCCGAGCGGAGCGCGCCGCGGGCGGCCCGCGCUUCCCUGCGACCCGCGCCGGGCGGCGGAGAACGCUCCGCCUCCUCCUGCUGCUGGGCGUUGUUCUAAAGCCCCAGGAGUCCCUGGCUCAGCCUCUUCCUACCCCAGGCAUCUUGAAGUCAGAAGGGAAGACAGUGGAGGAGGAGUACAAGACAUAUGUCCAACAUUGCUGGCUGCAUUAUAAGGCUUAUAUGGAUUCUAUCCAAAAGGAUUGGUGUGACUGGGCCAUGAUUAGCAGGCCUUAUAGCAGCCUGCGAGAUUGCUUGGAGCUGAAUGCUGAAAAGUUUGGCCUGGGCUUCCCCAAUCCCUGGGCCGAGAGGAUCAUCUUUGACACUCACCAGAUCCACUUUGCCAACUGCUCCCUGGUGCAGCCCACCUUCUCUGACCCCCCAGAGGAUGUGCUCUUGGCCAUGAUCAUAGCCCCCAUCUGCCUGAUCCCCUUCCUCGUCACCCUUGUUGUAUGGCGGAGUAAAGACAGUGAGGCCCAGGCCUAGGGUGGCACAAGCCUCUCAGUGGCUGGCUUCCUCCUCUCCCCUACCCCCACCAAGUCUCUCUCCUCCCUUCCCUACCCUCUUCUCUCACUCCUAUCCCCACUGCAGGUUCUUGGAUUGGUGGAAAUGAAGCUGGUGGGGUCAUGGCACAAGCUUUGCAAUCUUCAAAAUAAACUUUUUUUUUUUUUUUAA